AUGCGUCUCUGGCUGAAGUCAAAGCCACGAGAAGUCAUCAUCGUGACAGUUGAGCGAAAUAGAGACCGCAUCGUGCGACUAUUGGAGCCUCUCAAAGAGGAUGCUGACAAGAUUGUCAUCCUCUGUGCGCCAUUAGCCAACAAACGAGUGCAGCUGGUUGUGGGUGUCAAGGCUGCUCAAGGUAGUAUCCUCGCCUUGGUGGACGACGACGUGUACUGGCGGGCUGCAGGUGUGCUCCCAUAUCUCUUGGCACCUUUUGAGAAUGCCAAGGUCGGUGCAGUUGCUGGCAUACAGAGUGCUGAGAUCCGUACUGAUCGCCAAGAUCCAAACGUUAUAACGGUAUGGGAAGCCACUUCGACGUAUGACCUAUGCCAGUGGAAGGGUUCUCGCGAGGUACACUUUGCUGCCGACGGAGGCUGCUGGUGUUUGUCCGCUCGAACGCUACUCAUCCGCGCUUCUAUCCUACAAGAUCCAUCUUUUGUUGAUACCUACACCCACGAGAUUAUUGGCCAUAAGUUGGUGAACACUGCGGAUGACGUUGUCCUGACCGGUUGGGUGUUCGAUAGCGGAUGGGAGGUCUUCAUUCAAAACGUUCCCGAAGCGGAGAUCACCACCAAUAUUCCUGAGGACCAUAAGUUUGCCUUGCGGAUUCUUCGUUGGGACAGAGGAAACUUUCGUACGUUUCUCGGAUACAUCUUCGUCCACCCAGGACUCCCAAAACUGAUGCGGAGGCAUCCAUACACUACUUUCAAGAUGAUCGAGCGGCUCGCUCGACCAAUUUUGGCCUUAAUGUACCUAUGGGCUUGGCUUCAGACUCUGAGCACAGUACCUUGGAUUGCGUGA